AAAACAAAACCAACUGUUUCAACCAGCCAUUUCAAGAAUAUGGCGGCAACUAAAAGUUUUUCCGGUGCUUUGCUUCUUCUUGUUCUUUUCAUCUUUGUGAUUGUUGGUAUGUUAGAGAUGCCAUCAGCUGCAGCCAUUUCGUGUGGCCCCGGGGAAACUUCCACAGAGAGUAGAUCGGUUUCUCAUCCUAUGAUCUAUUGUUAUGGUUGUCAAGACCAGUGCAUAACCCAAUGCAAGUCACAAGGCAGAGAAGUAUCUCAGUUAGAAUGCAACUUUUGGGGUUCGGAACAAGCCGUAUGCAAGUGUUGUUGUGGGUUACCAUCCUCAACUCCACCAUCCAAACCAAUAAUUUGGAAUCAAUGUCCACCUGAAGAAACAAAUAAGUAUUUUGACCUACAAAAAUCAGUGAUUGAUUGCAGCCUUUGUGUAAAUGGUUGUAAAACAAAAUGUGAAGCCAUAGGAGCUACAGCGACUAGGGAAGUCUGCUUCCAGAAUUUCCAAGUAGGUACGACAACUCUUAUCGAUCAACAUUUAGUCUGCCCUUGUUGUUGUAAACCAAAUCCUCCACCCUCCCCAUCACCCCCACCAUGCCCUUGCAGUGGAAGUUGUGGUGUUAAUAUCGAUAUUCAGAUCUCGUCCGCCCCUGGUCAGUCACCAUGCAAGUACGAACUGCCACAAUUGUCAUCAUCUACUGCUGAGCUGUGAUCCGUUAUUACUUGCAUCGUUUAGUAAUCACUACCAGUUAUUUUAGUUUUUUUACUACUAGCUAUAUGUAUCUGCUCUUUGAGGGAAGAUCGAAUAAAAAUAUAGCUGCUGGUAAUUUUAGUUUAUCUUUAUCAUUUAUGAUUCUUCAAAGGGUCAA